CCCUCCGUCCGUCCGUCUGCCCGCCCAGAGCCCGUGCCAGCCACCAUCCCGGCCCGAUCCAUUCGUCUAACUCAGGCUCAGUCUCCCUCGAGCCGUGGAGGAGGGAGGUUGUGCGCCAGGUGUCUCUGUGUGCCGGUGCAGCGAUUACGAGCGGUUAAUUUUAAAAGGGCACGGUGUUUGUUGUGCUGGUGUUGUGUGGUGUACUAGGAAGUGCUGUGGUGUACGUAACUUGAACUGAACGUGUGUUGUGUGGUGUUCUGUGGCGUGUGGUUUUUCCUCCUCCCCAACACCUGCCUUCCCCCCACCUGUGCAGCCACCACUACCGCCGCCACCGCCACCGCCGCCAGCUCCCUCAGGAUAUCUACCUCUGGAUCCAAGUGAACAGAACUGAAGUUCCAGAAUGAGAGUGAGGCGAGUGUGGUAGUACGUGAGAGGGUCGCCGUGCUGGUCAGGAGGGAGGAGGAGGAGGAGCCGCCACUAGGAGGGGAGGAUGCAGGUGCACAGGGUGGUGUCCGAGGCGGUGGUGCAGCGGGUGUUCUGGGUUGAGUGGUUCCACAGCACACCACACAUCAACCUUACGCUGCACCCUGUCAACUCCACCUUCAACCCUUUCUCCCCCGUCUAUCAGGAGAGCCUCGGAAUAAUUGGAUCUGUUCCUGCUGGAAUACUGAUCUUGACCCUGCUGGUGUUGUUACUGUACCUGCUGACACGAUGCUGCGACAAUCGGCCGCGCAAGCCGGGCUCCAUAACCUGCCUCAAAGUCACCCUUGUUCUCUUCGCUAUUUUAACACUGGGUGCUCUGGCAGUGAGUGUGUGGGGCAACGAGGAGGUGCAUGAAGGUGUCACCCGGAUGGUGCACUCCCUCGGCAACAUCACUAGCCUGACUCACUCGCUCAGUAAUCAGACCACACAAUUUGAUCAAACAAUUCGGAGGAAUUUGGAGCCACAGCUGAACCUCUUUAAGGAGACAGUUCAACAAGAACAAAUUGACAAUGGAACGGUGAAAAUGUUCAUCAUUGAAAGUCUUCAUUACAUGCAAGGAAACAUAUCAGAAGUCCUUAUCAUCAAUGUAGAUGAUAUCAAUUCUAUGAUGUCUGGGGCAAAGAUGGGAGGAUUGGUGCGCAUGCUUGGGGUUGCAGAGCUUGGGAGGUGGGUGAGCACACUGGGCCUCACCGGGAUCCUGAUGAUGGUAGUGCUGGUGGUGAUGGCCGGCGUGGCAAAACACUCGCGGUGCACUCUCAUCACAUUUUCAGUUCUUGGACUGCUAGCCAUGAUUUUGUGUUGGGGCUUAACUUCACUCUAUUUAGUGACUUCAGUAGCUCUGUCAGACUGGUGCAUGGACCCCAACCCAUUCCUAGAAGAACAGCUUGGCAAACUGGUAUCAAAGAAGGUGCCGGCUUACUACCUUCGCUGCGAUCCGACCCAACCUUCCCCCUUUGCCACCUACCUCACCCAUGCCCAGAAAGCUGCUAAAGUUGUUCUCAACUCCCUCAACAAAGUCACCCGCAUUGCUGACGCUCACUAUGAAUCUAAUCUUAUCCAUCCUCGCCUGGAUCGCAUAAGUUCAUAUGUGAACACUUCUCAACGGAGCCUAGCUGAGGUGGCCAGCCUACUGGAGUGUCAUAAAUGGCAUCAGCACUACAACACUGCUCUUAGUGCCACCUGUGACCAGGCGAUGUCUGGUGUGGUGUACCUGUUGUUGUCAGCUGCAGGGAGUGGUCUUCUCUUCACCAUUUUGGUCUGGUUCACCUCCCACACUUGGAUCUACCUCAACCACAAAGCUGAGCCGGGAUCAUGUGAAGAGCGCGACCCAUUCUUGCCGGGUCGAGGGUCACGGGGAGGCACCCUCACGUCACUGGGAGGUCCCGGCUACUCCCGCCCACGCCACUCCCACACUCCACCCCAGACACCACCUUUCCCAGGAACCUUAAAUGGUCGGCUCUACCAUAGUGACGGGAUGGGAAGUAUGGGAGGCGGAAGUGGGUCAGCCCCCACCACAGUAAGUACAAUGGGCCGAGGGGACAACCACCACAACCACCACCAUUCUCAUAGUCACUCUAUGGGGCCCAACCAUGGCCAGUAUGCUACCCUCUCCAAGCAGUGCAAGACUCUCGAAUCAUCUGACUUCUACUAAAGGACGCUGGGCACCCACUAACUGCAUGGUUCUCUUCAUGGUGUUUUUAGCCUUUUCCUUUUUUUCUUUUUUUUGUCUUUAACAUGCAAAAAGAAACAUUUCUAAUGCUGUUUCAACUUUGUAGAUUAUUCCAUGUAAGCAUGUGGUGAAGUACAACUUUAGGGUUUCUUUUCUACUGGAGAUGUACAGUUGUGUCAUCUAUGAAGCAGUUAUCUUUCUAUAACAUGCUGAAAUGGACUCAUGAAGAAACAUUCUAUACAUACCUGACUGUUAUGGGUGAAUAGUGAAAGCAUCAAGGGAACUGUUUUAUAGAUGAGGAGUGAUAUUGCAAUUUGCUAUUUAAAAACUCCAGUGUUGCUGUGGUGUUGUUUGAUGUCUUUUCCUCACAAUCAUCUGAAAAUAUUCAUCUCAAUGUAGUUUGUGUACACCUAUAAUUUUGCAUGCUUCUUAGUAAGGAUUUGUCUGCCUGGACUCUUAAAUCUGUUGGAAUGGAAUUUAAUGUCACUGUUACCCUUAUACAGAUAUGCAGUAGAAGACAUUUAUUACUUUUGGUUACAUUUUCUUAUUUGAUAUUUUUAUUCCAAACACAUGGAUAAAUUCUUUUUCACUAUAGAUCAGUCAGCAGAUCUUGGCUCACAGUUACAAAUGUGGCAACCUGUUUGUAAGAUGUCGCCAGAGUUGCUGUGCAGUCACAAUGGAGAUUGAUGUGAAGUUUGAUGGCACUGACUGUAUUCCACUAAUAUUACCAAUGCUGUGGAGUAAUUCUGGACGCUAUGUAAAGAUAUUUGCAAGCUGUCAGAACCACAACAAUCUUUGGCUUGAAUGAAAUUUUGACAUACCAAAAAUUCAUAUUGUAUGAAUAUUAAAAAUUCUAUUGUAUUUUCAUUUGUCACACAAAUCAGGAAAAAUUUUGGGGGGGUUUUCAUUGUAUUCUGUCAUAUUGUUUGUACAUUUCACAAACUUCCCUUAAAGACACAGUGUUCAUGUUUGCAUCUAUAGUACAGUAUGUAUACUUUUUUCCCUCCUGAGCACCUUGGGACCAAAUGUUUGGGAACUUGGUCUUGGCACAACACGUAACUCACGCUCAUAUAUUUACCGUGCACUUUUCUUUCAUACUGUAAACUACACUGAGAUAAAUAAAGAUAGUCUACUUGUAGUUGUAAGUAAACAAAAUGCACAAGGAUAUACUACUUCAUUACUCUUAAAUAUAUAUAUUUUUUGCAUACAUAAUUCUUUAUUUUUUUUUUCUAUUGUAAUCACAGAAAAUUAAUUCAGAUUUGGUUGGAAGGACACGUGAAAUUAUUGUCAAAUAUCCAGUGCACAAAAUCAUUCUGAUAGAUCACACAGAUGCAUUUUGCCAUGAAGUAAGUGUAGCACAAUAUAUUUGCUUAGGUAAGUAGAAUAAUAUUUAUGUAGCCAAGAGAUUACUUCAUUAUUAUAAAUGGGUUAUAGAUAUUGAUUAGAAUUCUUGCACAUAUGCAUAACAAAAGGUUCCUAAUCCAUUGCAGCAAAAAAUAUCACAGCAUUGAGUAUAGUGAUUGGCUUCCCCUCAGUCAUGCCAUAGUACAUACAUAUGUAACUACAGGAGCAGUAUGAUUGUGUAGUGAAUACCUUCAGGUUGUUGAGUGCAAGAUUGAUUGCUUUAGCAGACAUUUACUUGAUGCAUUAGUGCUGGCACAACUUUACUGUAAUGGUUUUGUUCAUUCUGCUUCUUUUCGCUAAUUUAUCACAGACACUUACAAAUGCUUUUAUUAGUUAAUACCAGCUGGACCAGAAGAAUAUGUUGCUGGUGAGGUAAUGCCUUAAUUACUUUGAAGUUUUCAACAUCACUAGCGUAUACUCUCUGAAUUAUUAUUUUUUGUGAAACUGUUUCUAUAUCUUGCUAACAAUGAUCAGCCAGUACUUGAAUGUAUUCUUUAUUACAAAAGGCAUAAAAAAAAAGAGUUAAUUCUAAUUUAGCCUAAAGAUCUAGAAGAGGAAUGUUAUCAAGAGCUCUAAUUUCUUACAGGAGAUAAUUAUGCUAGCUGUAUUAAUUUUGGAAAGAGAUUUGUUUUGUAACAAUACUGAAGAGCAUUAUAGCAUGUACUGUUACUGAAGUACUAUGAAGUAAGUAGUAUUUCCUUUACCAGUAGUGUAUUUAUAUUUACUACUUAUGUGUUGUAGCCAAAUAGUCACAAUCAGAAAUUAUACAUAUUUUUUCAGUCUAAAACUUGUUUACCAAAAAAGAUUAUGAAACUCCUUGCUUGCAGGUGUGUCCUUAAGACAUCCAACUCUUAUCUGCUUUGAUGUGCUAGUGCAUAUUGUGUGGUGGUGAAGUGUACAAUAUGAGUUGCAUUUGUUGCAUAUUCAAAACUUGAGAGUAUGCACCUUAAACCUCUUGCUAGGUGGUAAAUAACAAGAAAUAUUCAUUAACUAAGUAAUAAUUGCUGCCAGUGUGUGCCUGCUUGGAGCCAGAUACACACUGGAAGGCACAUUUAUUAGUGCUUGUUGACAUGAACAACUGAGAAAAAGAGAGAAAUAGAGGACAGAUUUUGCAGAUUAGGGACCAGGAUAGGCAGAAGUAAUUCGUUAAAGAAUCUCAUGUCUUGCUCAUAGUGAAAAAUUACGAGUUUAAGUAAAAGCGGCAAUAUUUAUUAGUGAAUUUAGUUGUACAUUUGGCUUUAAUUGCAUCUGGUACUUAUAAAUAAAAACAGAUGUAUACCAUAUGCAUACAAGGCAGUAUUUCCAUAUUUUAUGUAACACCUUCAUUUGCUGUUGCACUAACUAGUUUGUAGAAAAUAAAUUAUUAGGCUCAAUUUUUCUUCAUUGCUUCUGUUACUGACAACUGUUUUUAUAUUGCUUGAUAGAAAUGUGUAUGCUAAUGGUGGAUAGAAAGCUUAGACUGUUAAUUUUAGCAGAAAGAUCACAGAUUAUUUAAUGAAGUUAGUGUAGCUGAUAUGCGAUUAGAAUGUUUUAAGAAACAUUUUUGUAUUAUAUGUAUAUGAUUUUAGGAACUUGAAUUGUGUUGUACAGAACUUACAUGUUUCAUUUUCUAAAAAGCUCAGAUUAUUUGAAUAGGUGCCAUAGAUUAUGUAAAAUUGACUUUUUUUCUAUAUUGUAAUGUUAAUUUCAUGUUACUUAUGUAAGAAUUUUGUCUUUGUCAAUUUCAAGAUGAUCUAGUCAUAUGAUAUUUGGUACUGAUGUGGAAUUAGUUGAAUAUCCAGUUAGAUGUGUCUAGUGAAAAUAGCUAUUCAUCAGUCAUCCCUAAUCAAAGUGUUUCAUAAUGCCAUAUGCUUGGAACAACCAGUCUCCCGGUAGCAGUUUGGUCCCAGUAAAGGAAUACUUGGCUUGUAAGUUUUAAUGUUGUUUGUAGCAACACCAUUGUAAACAUUACACUUUAAACUUAAUCAAAGGAAUCAGAAUUUUUCUAUAACAUUUCUGUACAAUCUUCAGAUUUUGCAAGCAUACAUCUUUCAUAAGAUUUAUUUUGCAGUAUGGUCAAGGUCCACAAUGAAGAAUAUGACAUGAGAUCAAAAACACUAACUGGAUUUAGAAAAUUUUGCAUCACGUCUCCUGUAGAAUGGUGCAACUCAAGACCUGGCUAGAUAUUUAUGGGUUGCUUUGUGGCAUUUAUGAUUUUGGCACAUCAUGUGUAUGGUGUGGCACUUUGUACAUUUUCCAGUAAUUGGAAGUGGUUGUAUAUAAGAACUUUGUAUCCCAAGAGGAAAAUUGAAACAAUGUAGUUUUAUAUUGUGAAACUAAAAUUGUAAAUAAACUAGUGUCCACAUUCACAGGCAGUAUUACCUAGAAUAAUGUUACAAUAACCAAAGAAAGAUGGUACUGAGCUGUAGGGUUGUGUAUGUGAACUGUCUAUUUUGAAUGACAAGAAAGAUCUUAUCAAGGAAUUGCUUGGAAUACAUAACUGAGCAAAAUACUGUGGAUAGAUGAGAGGUGUGACUGUUGGCUGCUAGUCUUUUUUGUUGUAAUAAAGCCAGAGCCAGAGGAAAGCAGAAGUGUUCUGAAAGUGCUAAGACAAGAUGAUGGCUUAUCUGUGUGAAGACAUCCUAUAGUUGAACAAAUAUCCCUUUGAAUUAGAUGUUGACUAAAUUUUCAUAAAUUCAUAUUUGAAACAAAUCUAAAAGUAGAUACAUAUGUGUAAAUGAAAAUCUAUGAAUGAUAAGGAUACUAGUGAAUUUGUUGUAUGUAUGUAUUUGUAGUCAGUGUCAUAGUUGAGAUAAUGCCUAUGAUAAUUGUUAUAUGUUUGUUCCCCAUGUUGCCCUAUUGCUCUGCAUGUCAGGGAUGUAAGCCACAAGAAGGGAACAUUAGAAAAAAAUAAUUUUUUUCAAGUCAUAUUUUCAUGUCAUAUUUGUCAGGUUAAAGUAAGAUGUCUUAAAGUAUACAGGGAGCCUUAAAGUAAAGUUUUACAAAAUUUCAUUUUUAAGAUAACAGUUUAUUUUUUCAUUUGUUUGUAUUUCAUGAACUUUCUUGUGGCUGAGCCCCAAUCUUGCUGUAGACUGUGUAUCCCAGGCCCCUUUAUAUGAAUUAAUUUAUUUAUGUUGAAUAUCUGUACCAAAGGAAAACAUUCUCGCAUAAGAAUAGAGUUUGAAAGAAAGGAAAACCAAGUAGUAAGUAAAUCCUGCAAUGGGAGGGAUGUGUCAGUGAACAGGCAGUAGCUAGUGGUGACUCGCAGUAGGCGUGGCAGUGAGGGGCUGGAGGAGUGUUGGGUGAUGAUGCCUUGUAGAAUCCUUUAACACUCAGUUAGGCUUUCAUCUAAUGGAAGCUGAAACAUAAUGACGUCCAGUAAUUUAGGAUUGCACUCAUAGCCCAAAUAUGAUCAGUUGUCAAAAGCGUAUCUUGUCCAAUAUUUCCAUAAAGAGCAUUUUGAAAUCAACUAAUUCUGAGUCUUUCAGAUUUUAGGUAGGUUAUUAAAUUGAGGAAGGCAGUCUGUUAAAUGCAAAGCGAGAAGAUUGUGCUCAAUGUAUGAAUAUCUUUCUUUGAUGUCUAAUGUUCUUGAUGUACUAUGUAGAAAAGUCAUUUUCAUUCUCUAACAAAUACAACUAGCAAUGACUAUUUCUAAGACGCAUUAUGAAUUAAUUAAUGUGCUCCUGCCAAGUGUGACAGGACUUAGGGUUUAAAAGAUGUAAGUAAUUGAUUAUCUCAUCUUACCUAGUUUUUUGCUGGAGGAAAUUUCAAUUACUCAUGUACCAUUAAGCAGAAAAAUGUGAAGUACUAGCAAGAAACAUACAUUUUAGUAAUUAGAUUUUGAGUCUUGUCUGGGGAAAUCCCUAAGUACAUGACACACUUCACUGGCCCUGCUGUUUCUUCACACAAUAUACACAUAUGUAUAUGUACAUAUUAUUAAAUUUGUAAUAACUGGAUCAAAGAUCCUCUUCUUUUUUAUUUAAUUUUUUUUGGGUUGUACAAAAUAUAAUAAGGAUGUUAAUGCAUUACCAAGAUGUUGGAUGGAAGAGUCAUGCUUAAUGUUUGGAAGAAGAGUGAAAAAUCAUUAACAUCUUUCUUUGGAGCAGUGGGUGCAAUGACAGCUCAGUGAUCAAAACACUGCAGCUGUGAAUCACUGGCAACAGACAACUAAAGAUCAGUCUCUGAGUGUGUGUGUGGUGGUCAUUGUGAGGACUUGCUGGACACCCACCCGAGUGUUAUUCCAAACAAAAGUUCUGUUCAGGUCUUGAUACAAACAUUCCAUUAUUUCUCAACAGCAAACACAAUGUAUAAAGCUCAAUGUGCAAUUUACAUAGUGUGUUUCUGAAAUGUUUUAUAAUUAAAUUCAUUAGAAAAUAAAGACAAAUACUACUGUA